AUGGAGUAAACCAAAAAUAUUUAUCAUCUCAAAAACACUAUCAAUAAUUAUACUCAUUACUUUCUAAAACCUAAAAAUGCAGCCUUAAACUCUUUAUUAGAUACUUAUAUUCUUUAAGAUUAUGGUGGAAUUAAUGUGAAUUAUCAAUUGCCUAAAAUACACAAUCGAUCCCAAUAAUAAAUAUUAAUGGAUAUUGAAAGCAAACGUAAACUCUCUAUUCAAAAUAUACAAAAAAUGGGUUCUUAAAGAAAUCUUAAUCGUCUAAUUCGUUCUUAAACUAUAGAUGAACCUGCAUAUAGAAAAGCAACUGACAUUAUUGAAUCUUGUGAAAAGAUUAUCUAUCAUUAAAAGAAACCUCAACCUUAAUCAAAUACUAGAGAAUUAAUUGUUAAUGAUGAAUACAAAGCUAUUCGAAAAGCUGAUAAAUUACAUAAACUAAUAUAAGAACAAAUAUAUCAAUGCAAUAAAGAAGAUAGAGAGAAUACAAAUAAAAAGGCAAUCUUAUACAUCUAGGAAAAUAAUGUAACUAUUGAUAAAGAGAAAUUCAUUUAAAAAUGUCAUAAAGAAAAAUUUUAGUUAUAAUAAUAUCGUGAACGACCAAGAAAAGAAAAAGAAUAUAAAAGAUUCAGAACAAAUUAUCCACAAUCAGAUCUCUGA